AUGUCGGACAUCAAGAAAGCCGAAGUUAGCAUGGGGGACGUCGAAGUUGGGGUUGGAUACAAUCGUCCGAUUGGUUUUGCAGACCUGGCUCACCACAAGAUCAAGCUGGAUGAUGCUCGACGAUCAAACGCCCUCAAAAUUCUUGCGGAGCAAAGAAUUGUAAUCGAUGUUGCGUCGCCCGCAGCCAAGAAGGUACUUCGCAGGAUUGACAUGCGAAUAAUGCCACUGGUACUCGGCCUUUACACCCUCCAGCUACUCGACAAGAAUAGCUUGUCAUACGCUGCAUUGAUGGGAAUCAAAGAGGACACACGCCUCACUGGAAACCAGUACGACUGGUUGGGAUCUAUCGUCUACUUCGGAUAUCUGUUUGGCGAGAUCCCGGCGGCAUUUCUAAUGCAGCGCGUGCCAAUGGCUAAGUACCUUGGUGUCAUGAGCGUGCUUUGGGGGACUGUUGUCACCCUGCACGCUGCCUGCCACAAUUUUGGAGGGUUGGCGGCGGUUCGCUUUCUCCUGGGAUCCAUUGAAGUAUGCACAACGCCCGCUAUCCUCUAUGUUACUAGCUCCUGGUACAGUCACAGUGAACAAGUUACCCGAGUUGCAAUCUGGUAUUCGGCUUCCGGUUGGGCUCAGGUUUUUGGAGGUUUCUUUUCCUGGGCUAUCAACCAUGCCACUGGAUUCAAAUGGGAAAGUCUCUUCAUAUUCUAUGGCGGCCUCACAUUUGUCACGGGGGUCAUAAUUUUUUUCCUUCUUGCCGCAUCGCCAGUUGACGCUAGCUGGCUAUCCGACAAUGAGAAGGCAAUUGCCCUCGAAAGAGUCCGAGCUAACAAGACAGGCUCUGAGAUGUGGUCAUUCAACUGGUAUCAGCUGAAGGAGUCCCUCUGCGAUCCCCGGCUGUAUCUGAUUUUUCUACUGAUGGUUUCAACUGGGCUUCCCAAUGGUGGCUUGACAGCAUUUGGGCCAACCAUCAUCUCGGGAUUCGGCUUCGACGAUAAUACCACCACGCUUCUCAGUAUGGCUCCAGGUGCAUGCGCGGCUCUUGGCACGGUUCUGGUCACUGUCGUUAUAAAGUGUACCAAUAGAACUAUAGGUGGUAUAUUUAUAAUAGUUCUUGGUUGUGUUGGCGUCAUCAUGAUGUUAACCAUACCGGAAAAUGCCAAUGCAGCUCGUUAUGGAGGCUACAUCCUCACAAUGCAAUACCCAAAUGCCAUAUUGGUUGUCCUCGCCUUCAUUACGUCUGGUGUCGGUGGGAGUACCAAAAAGCUCGCGUUUGGUGCGUCCUAUCAGCUUGGAUAUGCGGUUGGCAACAUUUGCGGCCCCCAGACGUUUCGUGCAGACGAAGCACCCCACUAUUAUACGGCGAAGUUCACCAUGUUAGCAUUCUUAGUAUGCACAGCCAUCCUGUUGGCUUCCAUGGGGAUUAUCCAUUGGCAUUGGAAUCGGAAGCGCGACAGGCAAGACGCUCUAGAUGCCCAAAGGCAAAUUGUUCGCGAAAGUGUCAUAAACGAGGAAUUUGCAGAUCUGACGGAUUUCCAACUUCGCUCAUUCAGGUACCCUUUGUGA